AAAAUUUAUAAAAUAAAAGAUUGUCUGAAUAUCUCAAAAAAAUCAGAUAUUUAACAGAAUAAAGAAUAUAUUUAAGAUAUUUCAGUAUAUUUAGAUAUAUUUGUUAAAAAAAAGAUUUUUAAAUACAUGUCAUUGAUUGAUAUUGUUCGAGAACAUUUUAUAGUAUCACUGAGGAGUAUACAGCCAAAGAUAAAGUGGAAAAUUGUAAUUGUAGACAAUGAAAGCUCAGAAAUUAUUAAUAAUGUUAUGAAUCUGAAUGAUUUCCUUGAAGAAAAUGUCACAUCGGUUGAAUUUAUUGAACAAAAACGACAAGCCAAUGCUACACUUGAAGCAAUAUACUUUGUUUCGCCAAAGUAUGAUACAAUUAAACACAUUUUGAACGAUACUUCUAAAGAGGAAAAAAUGUAUAGUGCAAUACAUUUAUUUUUUAUAUCUGGGUUAAGUGGUAAACUAGCAAAGAAAUUAACAGAAUCAUCAAAAACAACACCUAUUAAGACGACCAAUGAAAUGUAUCUUGAUUUUUAUCCUUUUGAAUCAAAAGUAGUUACAUUUCGUAAUUCAUUUUCAUUUCUUACACUUUAUAAUCCUUUUUGUACAGAGCUUAUUAAUAUGGAAACACAUAAUCUUGCAAAGAAGCUUGCAUCUGUAUGUAUAACUCUUGGAGAACUUCCUACUAUUCGAUAUUACUCACAACCUUCAACCAAUUCAUCCAAUCCUCAUUUUUGCACAAAGAUUGCAGAAUUACUUCAAGAACAACUUGAUAACUAUAAAAAGUCAAAUAAUAAUUUCCCACGAGAAUCUUCUCGACCAAAAAGUGUUCUUUUUAUAAUUGAUAGAACUUUUGAUAUUUGUGCCCCGAUUGUUCAUGAAUUUACAUACCAGGCAAUGGCUAAUGAUCUUCUUCCUAUAAAGAAUGGAAAACAAUACAAAUAUCAAAUCAAUAACUCCGAAAAAGCAGAAACUAAAGAAGCUGUUCUUACAGAAACGGAUUCUAUUUGGGCAGAAAUACGGCAUCAGCAUAUACGUGAUGCCAUAGAUAAAUUAAUGGGAGAUUUUAAUAAAUUUUAUGCAGAAAAUUCUGAUUUCAACGAUAACAAAAAAAAUACAAGUCUAAGUGAUAUGAAGAACAUGUUAUAUAGUCUUCCUCAUUUCCAGGAAAUGAGGGAUAAAUAUUCAUUACACAUAUCUAUAGUAUAUGAAUGUAUGAAAAUAUUUGAGGAGCAUAAACUUUUUUCUGUUGGUGUUAUUGAACAGAAUUGCGCAACUGGCUUAACAUCAGAGGGUAAAGUGCCUAAGACUGUAUUGGAAGAAAUGAUUCCUCUUUUAGAUGAUUCAUCUCUUUCAAAAACAGACAAAAUUCGGCUUAUAAUGUUAUAUAUAAUAUACAAAAAUGGCAUUUUCGAGGGAGAUUUAGAUAAGCUUUCAAAACAUUCAAAUUUAUCACCAAAAGAUGUUUCAGUUUUAAAAAAUUUAGAAUGUUUAGGCGUUCGUGUAAUAAAACCUUUAAAUGAUACAAAGCCUCGAAGAAAACCUAUACUAGAAACAAAAAAUAAUGACGAAAAUUCAUACGAGCUUUCUCGAUUUACUCCAUUAUGUAAAACACUUAUAGAAAAAUAUAUUAAUGGAAAUUUAAGCUAUGCAUUAUUUCCAAGUACAAAAGAUGUUUGCGAAAAAACUCAAAAUAUAUCUUUAAUACACGGUUCAUUACGUACAGGAAAACCAACAUGGGCUAAAAAAAAUGAUCUUGUUAGUGAGUCAGCUCAAAGAAUACUUAUUUUUAUUGUAGGAGGUGCAACAUAUAGUGAAAGUCGCAUUUGUUAUGAAUUAUCUAAAACUCAUGAUCGAGAUAUAAUCCUCAUAACUACUAAUAUGAUAACGACAAAAAAAUGGCUUCAAAACUUAUCAAUGUUAAAAUUACCAAGAGAAUCAUUAGGUCUUCCUAUUGAUCAGCUUCCAUCAAGAAUACCCUCAUUACGAAUACAUUCUAGAUCUUCUUUCAGAUCUAAAAGAAUACCCAAGGAUUCUAACCAUUCAAAUCAUAAUCGCGUUGAAAAUUCCAAUAAUACGUCAUUUAAAAAAACCUUAGAUAACAGUACUCAUGAGAACACAAAAAAUUCUCCUGCAAAAGGGAAGAAAGAUAGAAAAAGAUAUUUGGGCCUUUUUAACAAGAAUUAAAACCGUUUCUUCAUAUAUUUUUACAUACAAACUGGCCACUAAUUCAUUUUCCUAUAAUUUUUUUCAAAAAGUGCAGACACAUUUAAUAACCCUCUA